GCUCCAGACCACUAAAUAGAUUGGUUCAAAAGAAGAUCCUUAAUCCACUGUCUAUGUGCUUGAUAGAGGGAUCUAUAAGGGAUCAUGAAAUUGCUCGUAUUCGCAUGGUAAAAAUAAGUAGUGGUGAAGAAGAUUUAAUUGUGGAAAAGAAUCAUGAAGUAUUGGAAACAGCAAAACAAAGUGAAAAUUAG